UCCUAUGAAACGCACACCCAGCCCAAAGCAGAGCGUCGCCAGAGACAAGAAGGCCUUUUUCAGAUCUAUCUUUCGGGUUCUGCCACUGCUCCUCGUCCUGUCUCCAGUGAAUCCAUCUGGUUGUGCAAUGGGAAAUAGAACAGCGGAGAUCCGGGUCAAGUAUGAGAAUAUACUGAGCCACGACAUCGAUGAGCUGGUGAAUAUGUCUGCAGAGUAUCGCGACAGGUGCUGCAAGAAUAAAAAACAAGAAAACAGCAAAGUGUUUUUCUGCAAUGAUACUCAGGAGGUAGGAUCCCUACAGACCAUGGCCUGCAACAUGCUCAGGUUCUUCCACAAGCAGAAGCUGGGCAGGGAGCUGAGGCGGAAGGCGGCGUUGGUCUCCUGUGGGACCUUACAGGUUCUGCAGUGCAGGUGUGAGCGACUGAGGAAAGAGAAGGUGUGCGUGCAGGUGAACACAUAUCAUAGAGAAGAUACAGAAACAGGUGAACAGUCCAAAAAGAAAUGUAACCAGGAAUUUUGUGAACUGAAAGAAAAUAUAUCUAGCCUUCGAUCCUGCUGGAAUAAAUUUGAAAAAAUAAUUUCCAGGUGAUUCCAGCUGCAUCCUGCUCUUUCCUUUCGAAGUGGCAUUACUUGGUAUCUUUGCAUUUUAUGAGCAUUCUUCGAGUAACUGUGCUCGCUUGUAUGAACACUUUCUGCCGGAAUCCUGAUGGAGAGCUAGGGGACCUUGUUCCUGAGGUGGAAUGAACAGAAACGGUUAAACCAGGCUGCUAAGUCCAAGAAGUGGGAGCAAAAGCCCAGCACUUGAGGCAAACAGCUGCAGAAGACUCUGUCCCACCUCCAUGCUCUGGAAACGACUUUGAGUUCCUUGCUCUUUGGAGUAACUUUGUGACACCGUCACAUGAGAGCCAUCUACUCGCGUCUCCUGCAAUUUAUAAAACCAUCUUAGAAGCUGCAGGUGAAGGACACGUGGAAAAGGAGCUGGUUUCUUUCUAUCUGUAUAAAACACAUCAAGGCCCCAAAGGCACAAGGUACCAGAGGAGCCCUUGGUCUUGGGUCCCUUUGGCUGAUGCAGUGAGGCUGUCAGCUUGGGCAUCCAACGGGCUGCAAACGGCUUGGGGUUUGGAAAAGUGGGGAAAAGGUUAACUCUCUGAGAACCUUUGGAGGGGAACUGAUUUGUGAGCGAUGUAGCACACUUCUGCUGGCUGGGGCAGAGGCAGAAGCAGGGAAAGCACAGAAGGAGAGGCCUGAACGGGGGUUUGUUGGGCCAAGCAGAGCGGCCUCACAUCCCCGGUCACCCUCCAGGCCGCUGAGGAGGAGCUAGAGUUCCUUACCUUCAGAUUGUGAUUUCUUAUAUGCAAUUGUUUUAUAUAACGUGUUAGACAAACAUGACUUCAAAUGUGUGAAUAUUUUCAGAGAAUAAUA